CUGGGCAAGCCGGGAGUUGCUGCCUGGCCUGGGUCCCCGGCCCUGCCUCCUGCCUCCCCGUCCUCCCCGCCUGCCCCGCAGGCAGGGGGAUCGGCCGCCGUGCCCAUGCCCGCAGCGCAGACCUUGCUGAGCCCGCGAGGGGCCGUGCAGACUCCUCCGGGGCCCGGCGGGGCUGAGGCUGUGUCCGUGUCCCCCGCCGCGGACCUGGUCCUGGGGGCCUCGGCCUGCUGCCUGGCCUGUGUCUUCACCAACCCCCUGGAGGUGGUCAAGACGAGGCUUCAGCUCCAGGGCGAGCUGCAGGCCAGGGGCACCCACCCCCGGCCCUACCGGGGGCUCUUUCGGGCCGUGGGCACCGUGGCACAGGCCGAUGGGCUGCGGGGCCUGCAGAAGGGGCUGGGGGCUGCCCUGCUCUACCAGGGGCUCAUGAACGGGGUCCGAUUCUACUGCUACUCCCUGGCCCUGGAGGCCGGCCUCACUCAGCACCCCGGGGGCACGGUGGUGGCCGGGGCGCUGGCAGGAGCUCUGGGAGCCUUUGUAGGGAGCCCGGCGUACCUGGUGAAAACGCAGCUACAGGCGAAGACAGCGGCAACCCUGGCUGUUGGCCAUCAGCACGAGCACCAGAGUGUCCUUGGUGCCCUGGAAACCAUCUGGCGGCAGCAGGGUGUCCCCGGGCUGUGGCGAGGGGUCGGUGGUGCCGUGCCCCGGGUCAUGGUGGGAUCCGCCGCCCAACUGGCUACCUUCGCCUCUGCCAAAUCGUGGGUCCAGGACCAUGAGUGGUUCCAGGAGGAUAGCUGGCUCGUGGCCCUGGCUGGGGGCAUGAUCAGCAGCGUGGCAGUGGCUAUUGUGAUGACACCAUUCGACGUGAUCAGCACCCGCCUGUACAACCAGCCUGUGGACCCAACAGGAAGGGGCCAGCUGUACCGGGGACUCUUGGACUGCUUGGUGAAGAUCUCCCGGGCAGAGGGGCCGCUGGCUCUCUACAAAGGCCUGGGCCCUGCCUAUCUGCGCCUGGGCCCCCAUACGGUCCUCAGCCUGCUCUUCUGGGAUGAGCUCCGAAAGCUCACCUACAGAUUCCAGCACCAGGGAGCUUAGGGCCCCUUCCUGGCCCUCUUCGGGCAGCCCUGAGAGCCUGGCAUUAAUUCAGCACCCUCCCUGCCCAGAUUGGCUCUCCAUCCCCCUCUACCCAUCCCCUACCCCUUCUUCAUGGCACUCUUGAAAAGACUCCUCGUGGGGGAAAUGGUGAGCCAGUGGGGACCCUCCAUGGAGAAUGGGAGUCAGCACAGCCCAUCAUGGGCCUAAGGAGGGAAGGUCAAGGGACCCUUUAUUGUCAUGGGUAUCGGAAUGGGUUAGCCACAUUUCUGCUUCCUGUCCUCGGGUCUGUGGUCACAGACUGAACCCUCCCUCCCCUCCAAGCUACGUGUAAAGCUGAGUGUCCCAAAAUAGGAUCCCUGGUUCCCAAUGGCCCAGGAGAGUGUGGAUGCCUCCGUGUACUCCAUCUGUGCUCUUGGGGAAAGACCUCAAACUCUACCCAGAUACGUGGGUCAGAAGCUGGAGGAGGAGGGCAGAAAAUGGCCCACACAUCAUCGGAUCAUAGCCAAAAGAACCUUAGAGGUUAUCUAAUCCUCAUUUUACAGAUGAGGAAACUGAGGCCCCCAGAGGUCACCCAAGUAGAAAAGACAGAGCUAGGCUUUGCAGCUGGGCUCUUCAGACUACUGCACUGCCACCUCCCCUCAUUAAAUGCAAUGAAAAGGACACUGAAGAUGUUCUUUAGAAUGUGGAAUGUUGGGAUCCAACAUAGGAGAGGCAGCAUGGAGAAUGUUGGACUCAGAGUCAGAAAGAUGUAGGUUCAAAAUUGAUAUUAGACAUUCCCUGGCUGUGUCUGGGGAAAAAGCGUUUCUCUGUGACUCAGUUUCCUUCAUCAGUCAAAAGAUGGGAUUGGAUUUAAUGGUCUUAAAGGUCCUUUCCAGCUCUCAUGCCAGCACUAAAAAGGAUCUCCGAGCCCACCCACCCCAGCUCCCACCUUUUUCAGAGAACUGAGUCCCAGACAAGGAGUAUGACUUGUCCAGGAUUCUAUAACAAGGGGCAGAGCCAGGAUCUGAACCCAGGUCUUCUGACACCCAAUUAUUCCACUGCCUUCUUCCUGAGGGGCUGGGCUGGGGGCAUAAAAGGGGGCAAGGCCCUUCCCUAUCCUCAGGAGCAGUUUUUCUUGGGUCACUAAAGUCACAGAGCAAUACAGUGUAUGAAUGCAGUUAAAAUGAAAGCCUUUCCCAUGACCUGCGUCUUUCUAGGCUUGCGGGGAUCAAAGAUCACUGCCGCCAUCUCACAGAUAUGGAAACGAGCCCAGAGUGGGACAGUAACUUGUCUAAGGACACACAGCGAGAGAGUAAUAAUGGCUCUUUGCUGUUUAUAAAGCGCUUAAAAAUAUCUCAUGGGGGCAGCUCAGUGAAUUGAGAACCAGAUCUAGAGGUCCUGGGUUCAAAUUUGACCUCAAAUACUUCCUAGCUG